AUGAGGGAAAUUUUGGUAUUAUAAUUAGGUGGUUUUGGUAAUAAAAUGGGAGUGAAAUUUUGGGAGGAGAUGUUUAAAGAUAGCAAAUUUGAAAUUGAUAAUAAUUUACAUGAAUAAAGUAACAUUCUUUAACUUAAUACUUCUAAUGUUGUUUAUUAUAAUUUAUAACAGAAGAUACCACUUCCUAGAAGUAUUUAGGUUGAUUUAGGAUAGGAUUUACCAUUUACAAAUAUAGAAUUAAAUCCAUGUAAUCAGUUCUCAUUUAAUUACUCUUCUGGCAAUAAUUUUGGAUAUGUUAAAAAUAACUGCUGCAAUGAAAUUGUUGACAUAAUUAUGGAUAGUAUUAGAUAAGAAAUCGAAUAAUGUGAUUCAUUUCAAGGAUUCUAAAUUUUUGCAUCUAUAAUUGGUGGUACUGGAUCUGGUUUAUCAGCAGUUUUGUCUCAAACUUUAAAAGAUGAAUAUUAUGAUACCAUAAUUUAGUGUAACUUAUUAGUUCCUUCUAUAAAAUAAAAUGAUGUAAUUGUAGUAUCGCCUUAUAAUUCUGGCUUAGCCUUAAAACAUUUGAUGGAUUCAGCUGAAUAAUUAAUUUUUUUUGAUAAUGAAGGAAUAAAAUAAAAUUUAAGUAGAAUAGGAAUAUAAUUUGAUUAUUAAGAUGCAAAUCUUCAUAUUGCUUAAACAAUAUGUUGUAAUUCUUCACCAUUUAGAAAUCCUGGGGAUAUUAAUUCAUGUUUGAGAAAGCUUUCAACUAAUUUGAUUCCUUUUCCAGAUUACAAAUUGUUAACAUGCAGUAUGACAAAUAAUCAAUAAAGCGAUUACUAUAAUGAAUAUUAAAAAAUGGAUGAAUACUAAAUUUUUAAAGAAUUAAUGUCAACUGAUCAUAACUCAACUAUUACUGAUUAUUUUUAAGGAAGAUAUUUGGCAGCUGCACUUAGUAUAAGAGGAGAAAUAUCAAAUAAAGAAAUAUAUAAAUAUUGUUCGAAUUUCAAUUAUUUUUUAGAAGAUAAAGAUUAUAAAACUCGGGCUAGGAAAAGGUUCGAGGGAGUAAAUAUGUUUUUUACAAGUAUAUGUAAGAGAAAAUUUUAAAAUUAUGAAUUUUUUGGUAGUUCUAUUAUUCAUUCAAAUAGCAUAAAUUAAUAAUUGGAUAAUUUAAGUGAAAAGUUUAAGAAAAUGUAUUUAAAAAAAUCUUAUUUACAUAAAUAUAUUUAAGAGGGAAUUGAUGAUCAAGAAUUUGUUGAAGCUUAAUCUAGGCUUGAUGAUAUACGAUAUUAGUAUCAAAUUAAUAAAGACAGAAAUUAAUGGGAGAAUUAAGAGUAUUGGGAAUGA